AUGGAAAAGUCUUGGGUGUGCGGCGUCCGCCUGUCGUUAAAGCAGCGCUACUUUCUGCUUCUCUGCCUGGCCGGCGCCUUCAUUAUUGCCUAUCAAUUUACGAGAAACCGUCCUGAAGAAAGAAGAAUGAUCCGUGUGGAGGGUCUGAGAGCUGACUCGGCUCAGUUCACUUUGGAGCAGAAACCUUUUCGCAUCCUGGGCGGCUCUGUCCAUUACUUCCGUGUCCCCAGGGCAUACUGGGAGGACCGACUGAAGAAGAUGAAGGCCUGUGGCCUCAACACUCUCACAACCUACGUUCCAUGGAACCUGCAUGAGCCAGAGAAAGGGUUGUUUGACUUUGAGGAUCAGCUGGAUUUAGAAGCCUACCUGCGUCUUGCAGCCAGCUUGGACCUUUGGGUGAUUCUCCGUCCAGGGCCCUACAUCUGUGCUGAGUGGGAUUUAGGUGGACUACCCAGCUGGCUUCUACGAGAUCCCAAAAUGAAAUUGAGAACCACCUAUCCAGGAUUCACCAAAGCAGUCAAUUCCUUCUUCGAUAACCUCAUAAAGAAAGUUGUUCCUUACCAGUACUCCCAUGGUGGCCCAAUCAUAGCAGUUCAAGUGGAGAAUGAAUAUGGCUCCUAUGCUAAAGAUGAGGAGUACAUGCCUUUCAUCAAGGAGGCGUUACUGUCAAGGGGCAUCGCAGAGCUGCUGGUGACCUCCGACAACAAAGAUGGGCUAAAGCUCGGAGGCGUGAAAGGAGCACUGGAAACUAUCAAUUUUCAGAAACUGGACCUGAAUGAAAUCAAGUAUCUUGAUGGAAUUCAACCUCAGAAACCUAAGAUGGUGAUGGAGUAUUGGUCUGGCUGGUUCGACCUAUGGGGCGGCCUUCAUCACGUGUUCAGUGCUGAGGAUAUGAUAACAGUCGUCAAGGAAGUUCUGAAGCUGGACAUGUCCAUCAACCUCUAUAUGUUCCACGGAGGGACCAAUUUUGGAUUCAUGAGCGGUGCGUUCGCUGUUGGAAUCCCAGCCCCUAAACCCAUGGUGACAAGCUACGCCCAAUGCCGUCUGAAGAUGUUUGAUAGGGAGCGCAGAGAAAGCAUCUGCCACAGUCAGAGGCAUCCCUGCCUCUCUGCAGCUCCCGAGCCUGCUGUUCUGAUAGCGCAUUAUCUUUCAGAUUACGAUGCUCCAUUAUCCGAGGCUGGGGAUUACACCACCAAGUAUCAUCUUCUGAGGAAUUUAUUCAGCCAGUACCACACCAAUCCUCUCCCUGAACUGCCCUCAUCUCAUGAGAGGAGAGCAUACCAACCUGUUGUCGUCCAGAAGCACCUGUCUCUGUGGGACGCUCUCCAUUUCACUGAGAAGCCUUUCAAGUCAGAGAAGCCAAUAAAUAUGGAGAACCUCCCCGUCAACAGGAACAACGGCCAGUCGUACGGCUACACCCUGUACGAGACCACCAUCACCAGCGGAGGAGCCCUCAACUCGAAGAACAACGUCAGAGACAGAGCCCUGGUUUUUGUGGACAAACAUUUUGUUGGUGUUUUGGACUACGUGGUGCAGGAACUUGCAAUACCUGAUGGGAAGGGAAAGAGAACUCUAGGUUUGCUGGUGGAGAACUGCGGAAGGGUGAAUUACGGGGCCACUCUUGAUGAGCAGCACAAAGGUCUUGUCGGAGAUAUUCAGUUAAACACGCAUGUCCUCCGAGACUUCAUUAUUCACAGUCUGGAUAUGAAGCCAGGCUUUGUAAACAGACUGGAGAGUUCAGGCCACUGGGUGUCAAUGCGCCAGCAGCCCUCCUUCCCAGCCUUUUUCCAAGCCAGACUGUAUGUGAACAGCUCCCCCAAAGACACCUUCCUCAAACUCCCCGGCUGGAGCAAAGGCGUUGUGUUUGUCAAUGGGAGGAAUUUGGGACGUCACUGGACUGUCGGCCCUCAGCAAACGCUCUUCGUGCCCGGUCCUUGGCUUCACAGAGGCGACAACCAGGUCAUUGUGUUCGAAGAGCAGGAAACGGACGGUAAAAUCCAGUUCAGCAGCAGCCCCGACUACGGCAUGACCGUCGAUGUCCAGUGAAGCCAA